ACCAAUCUGCUGCACGGAGAGCGGUCCAUCUUUGGAGGGGAGGUGGGAGGGUUUGAAGUCAACAUUCUCUCUGUCCCUUCUCUCCUCUCCUUCAUGGACCAACGUAUGUGCAGGCACAGGGAGGUGAAUGCAGAGGAUCUGUGUGUGUACAUACAACUGACUGUGCCUAUGCGUGUGUAUGUGUGUGUGAGGCUGCGAGGGCACAGCCAAUCACAGCAGAGCCAAGUACCUCCCCCCUUCUGUCUUUGUUUGGUCUGCUCCAUCUCCCCCCUCAGUGGUUUCUACUGCAGUAUAAGUCACAGCCUGCGCUGUUCUCUCUGACAUACACACACACACGCACACACACACACACCGACGGAGCCACACAUGCACACACACACAUACGAGUGCAAAUCCUCUUACAACUCGGCAGUGCCCAGAGCAGAUUAAGAGGCUGCACAUCUCAAAUUGUAUUCCAAAUGUGCCACCUUUACAUGGGUCUCCUUUUUCCUCUUCUUCCACCUCCUUCUCUUCCUCCUGUGCCACAACGGGACUUCUCCUCUGCACCUGCUUCUGCUGCUUCUUCUUCUUCCUCCUCCGCUCCGUCUUCAACCUCUGGCAACUGGCCCGCUUGCCUCUGCAGCUGAGAUGACCAGGCAGCCAGCUUGAGGGAGAGGAAGAAACGGCCAAACACAGAGAGGUAGAGAGAAGGGGGGGAAAAAACAGAGGAAGAGAGAGUGUGAGAGAGUAACAAAAGAGAGAAGGAAGGUAGGAAGUGAAGGAAUAAUUUAGAUCUGAGAGCGCCUCUGAAGAAAGAAGGGAAGAGAGGAGGGGGGUCAGCACGGCCAGGUUCAGAGAAUUGGAGGUGGAGGAGGAGGAGGGGGAGGAGGAGGAAGAGAAGAGGAGAGAGCGCCAGUGUAGAGAGGAGACAGAGAGAAGAGAGAGAAAAGAGAGAAGAAGAGCUGAGCGUUGACCAUGAAGGCUCUGUUGCUGCUGGUCCUUCCCUGGCUCAGCCCGGCCAACUACACAGACAAUGUGGGCAACCUGCACAUCCUCUAUUCUGAGCUGUGUAAAGGGGCCUCUCACUACGGCCUCUCAGCAGACAGGAAGCGGCGUUCGCAGGAGGGCGACUGCACUGACAGCACAUCAGAACUCACCGUUGCCACAUUGCCCAGUGAUGGCCCCACCUCUGCUGCUGUGGCCCUCCUAUCAGACGAGCCGGGCCUGGUCAACCCCGCCUUCGAUCCUAGUAUGGAGGACAACAGCCAAUCAGGCAGCACCACCAGCUUGGCGGCCCGCAGCAGCACCAAGAAGAGUGAGUUCAGAAAUUUUGACCGGUCUACGGUGAGAAGCCGCUCCUUCAGAAGGCUGAACCGGGCAUUCAGUGUCCUGCGGAGGACCAAGAGUGGCAAUGCAGUGAGCAACGAGACUGCUGAGGAGAGAGACAAUGCAAGGAAUGCCAGUGUACCACAGGAAGUGUUGGCCCUUCCCCAGCUCCAUCACCUCAUCCCUGAUGGUGAGGUCACCAGUAUUAAGAUCACACGGGUGGAUCCCUCAGAACCUCUGGCCAUCAGCAUUGUUGGAGGCAAUGAGACCCCCUUGGUGCGCAUCCUCAUCCAGGACAUCUACAGAGAGGGUGUCAUUGCCCGUGAUGGACGCUUGCUGCCUGGGGACAUGAUCCUGAAGGUAAAUGGUAUCGACAUCAGCAACGUACCACACUGCUAUGCCCUGGCAACCCUCAAACAGCCCUGCCAGCUGCUCCGGCUAACUGUGUUGAGGGAGCAGCGCCAUCGCUACCGCUCACAUCCCCACAGUCACCCCCAUGGCCACGGGCACGCCCAUGAUGCUGCUGGAGGCUACCCAUCUCACGGUCUACCCCACCAGCCCUUGAGGGAUGAUAGCAUCCAUGUGGUGCUGAACAAAAGCACUCCAGAAGAGCAGCUGGGCAUCAAGCUGGUGAGGCGGCCGGAGGAGCACGGCGUCUAUAUAUUUCACCUGCUGGAAGGGGGACUGGCAGCACGUGAUGGACAGCUGUGUGUUGGUGACCGUGUGCUCGCCAUCAAUGGUCACGAUCUACGCUAUGGGGCACCAGAACACGCUGCCCUGCUCAUCCAGGCGAGUGAGGAGCGGGUCCACUUCAUAGUGUCACGUCAGAUCUGUCUGCCCACUCCGGACAUCCUGCAAGAAGCGCCAUGGGGCAUGGACGGUCCUCCGCCAUAUUCGCCUGUGGACAUGGAGCAAACACUGUUGGACUCUUGUCAGAAGCCUGCAUGCUACGAGAAAACAGUCACCCUGACCAAGGAGCCGUAUGACUCCUUGGGUAUGACGGUGGCAGGUGGCAUGUCCAGCCGAGGGUGGGACUUACCCAUCUACGUCACAAAUGUGGACCCUGAUGGAGUGGUGGGACAGGAGGGCUCCAUCCGCAAAGGUGACAUCCUGCUGAACGUGAAUGGGGUGGACCUGACAGGGGUGACACGGGGUGAAGCCGUGGCCAACUUGAAGAAUACUUCCUCUCCCGUCGUGCUCAAGGUCCUGGAGAUGCGCCCUCCUGAAGAAUGCCAGCCAGAGUGCACCUUGCCACCCUGCCUCACAUCCUCACCCACAGACAGCACCAAGAGCCCACUGCCCAAUGAUGAUUACUCCCCACUGUGGGUGUCAUGGCUGCAGCUACCCAGGCACCUCUACUGCUGCAAAGACAUUGUCCUGCGGCGGAGCACUUCAGGCAGCCUGGGGUUCAGUAUUGUGGGAGGUCAGGAGGAGGUCAACUGCAAUCAAUCCUUUUUUAUUCGCUCCAUUGUUGAGGGGACACCAGCCUACAAUGACGGCAGGAUACGGUGUGGGGACAUCCUGCUUGAGGUAAAUGGGAAGAGUACAUGGGGAAUGACCCAUACUGCACUGGUGCGCCUGCUGAAGGAGCUGAGAGGAAGAAUCACCCUGACCAUUGUUUCCUGGCCAGGCAGCCUGCUGUAGCAGCGCUGCAAGCCCACCUGCACUGCUUCAAGCACGCAGACCAAGGAAUGUGGAAGGCAGAGCUUUGGACUGGCUCACCACGCUGAGUGUGCUGUGUGGGAGGGGCUUAGACUAGUGAUGUAUGGAUAUCUAACUUCUGAUGGACAGCUGAGACUUUGCCAGGAGUAUAGAGGGGGCCAACCAUGGGACUGGAUUUUUACCAGUUUAAUUUGCCCCUCCAAGAAUGAUGAACUGGGAGGAUCUGUGUCUGAGCCCCUUCCACUUGGAUGUUGGGAGCUGUCUGAUUGUAAGACCAGGUCAUUCUCUGACACAGCAUCCAAUGACUAGGGUGGGGGGAUUGGGAGGGGGACACGAGUUGCCAAUUCCAGUAGUUAUAUAUUAGGGUAUGCAUUAAGUUGGACUCACAUUUCUUUACUGUAAAUGUUGGGUGUCUAAAAAAUACUGAUACAAGCACUUGUAAUAUGUUUCUUUUUUGUUUGUUUGUUGGAUUGCCUUUGAAUAUAGGCUCCAUUCUGUUUGUACUGACAGUGGUUGCCAUCAUCUGUUGGACCGAGGACACAUUGCCAAGUAGUUGUCUGUGAUUAGUUCUUUUUUUUCAGAAGCUGUUGCUAAAUGAUCAAACCACUGGCAAAAAAUAUAUGAAAAAAUAAAAAAUAAAAGGAUCAAUGUGUUCAUAACAUGUUAAAAAAAAAAAAAUAUUUAAUAAGGUGACAUUGUGGAGGCCUUACUAAUUUUCCUACUUUUGAGAAGAAAAAAAAAACUGACUUGGUUUCUGUGUUUGUUUCAGUGGAUGCGUCUGGGGCCCAUCUACCGCGGUUCUGUCUGUCUCGCUUCGGCUUGUGUAGUAUCUGAUGGUACAUUUGGUUAAAUAAUCAAUAAAGUCAUU